AUGGAGUACUCCAACAGUUUUAUACUCACCUCGAACGACAUCUACCCUCAACAGCCGCCACAGCCGAUGGCUUCGAUAAAUCACAUCCAGGCCUCAUCUUCCCAACAAAUCCCUCUGAUCCCUGCCAUCCCUCACAUACCCUCGCCAAUCAACCCGCCUACGUUUGCCGCACGGCGUCCGGCGCGUCCAAUCACCAAGUGCGAUCGCUGUCGGAGCCGCAAAUCUAAGUGUGAUUCUGGGCAACCGUGCGGACCAUGCCAGAAAUCUAAAGCCGACUGCAAAUACACCGAUGGCCGCCCAACUAAGGGCGUUGCCGAGGGAAGCCUGUCCAGUGCCCCCUACCCACAAAACCAACUGCUAAAGAGUGCGAUUUCACUGAAGAAAGACCGACAGGAUGUGAUGGCCAAGAUCGACACUCUCCAUAAGCUUCUAAACGAUGUAACCGCUCGUCAGGCCGUCCAAGCUUAUGAGAUGAACUUCAGCCUCCAGAAUCGUAUCCCUUCCUGCGAUACCGGCUUCGGUAUUGACCUCGAGGCUGACAAUCUCGUCACCCACUUCUCCAAGUUGUGGCUCAGAAAAGAGCCCGAUCAAAGUUUUUUCAAGGCCACCCAUCCAGCUUUGGUGCAACUUCGCCAACACCAAAUCCCCCGUUGGCAGCAAUCGACACGUUGGACAAAUUGGUCGGAUUACCAAGCAGAAAGUAGAUAUCAACAGUUGUCAAGGUUUGAUCCAUCAAUCCUGCCGGACGAAAAUGAAUGCCACGACCUCUUCCGCCGAUUUCUCAUGUCGUGCGAUUGGUACUUCGAGGUACUGACGGAGCCGGAGAUGAACGUGGCGGAGGCCGAGGUGCACCACUACCGAUCCUUGGGUAUCAGCCCCACCACUCCCGAACAAUGGACCCGAAUCGCACUCGCCCUGGCGGUCUGUCGGCUCACUCUUGCUUGUUUGGACUGGGCUGGAACAAAUGAGAACGAACAGCUCUCUCGCAAGCGGUGCGAACGGAUCCUGAAGUGGUGUGAUUUAUCCGUCAUGGCUCUCCAGCGCGCUGAACUUGACCACAACCCAACCGUCGAGGCCAUGCGGGUUUUGAUCAUCUUGACUUCGACAAUAUUCUUUGAGACAGAUUACGGCUUAAUGGGAAGCUCGCCUCAAAUGCUCAAACUUCACGCAGUUGCCGUUGACGUCUCUGAACGACUAAAUUUGCAUCGCGACCCUCCGAGUUAUAUGUCAUCGAAAGAAAAAGAUGACCGUCGACGUAUGUGGUGGGCUCUGGUGACGAUUGAUUCACACUUCUAUUCGACUGGGGCAACAUCCCAUAGUGUCCUGAGACUUCAAAAUUCGGAUACCAAGCUCCCAGUGUCUCGACAGAUUUAUGCCUCGAAUACCUUCCCUGACGACCAGAUGGCCCCUCUGGAUCUUCGCUCAGCUCGGAGCCGGUUCGAGCUCGGCAAGUUCAAUAACCGGUGUUGUCAGCUUCUAGCGCAGCGAAAACCCCUGGCAACCCUCUCAGAUAUCUGGAAACUCGAUCAGGAUCUAGUCGCCCUCGAGGCAAACGUCCCCCCUGAGCAGCGUCUGGCCAGUGAUCUCGACCUCUCCAACUUGUUCCAAAGACCGCUACGGCCAGCAGGUCCAAUAGACGAUGCCUUGCGUAACGGACAGCAAAUAUUCUACAUUGGGUUUUGGCACAUCAGGUCCAAAAUUCACCGGGGAUUGCUCUAUACUAAACAAACAUCAUCCGACUCAAUAAAGUCUGUAAUCAAUGUUGAUGCUCAUCGCGAGAUAGUAAGGCGAAGCAGCUAUUGCUUGCUUCAUCUUUACCGUCACACCAAGCUCCCCACUGCAUUUAUUUCGGCCAUAGCCAGUGCGGCUCUGACAUUAUCGCUGGAACUGAUUGACCAACCCUCACAACCAAACAACUGCGAGAUGCGGACGAUCAUUAUCGAGUGCUUCUCGCGUUUGCAGACCAACUCCUCGCCGAUCAUCGGCCGGGCGUGUCAGGUGUUGGAGUACUUCCUCGACCCAACCCGGCCUCGUGUAGGCAUUCCCCGGAGCUACCAGGGCGGGUUGAGCGAGUGGCAAGAGUUCGACACACCGGAAGCGUUCCACUGGAAAGCCGAUGAAACACCGGAGAACCAGUUCGACCGCUUCGCCCCACCAGCAACCGAGCAACGGGAAGACGCCACUAUCGGGCUGAGUGCCAACCCGGCAUUUCCAGCGGACGCCCGGGAGUUCGGCUACCCACUCAAGCCGAGUCCAGAGCAGGCUGGCGGGGUCCACAGGACGCCGAUGCUUGAUCUUUGUUACCCCCUCAACCCGAGCCCAGAACAGGCUCCCGAGGUCCACCCUAGCCCCACCCUCGACCUCUGUUACCCCCUCCAUUCUAGUCCGGAGCAGGGCUCCGAGAUGCACGGGAUCGAUCUCUGCUACCCCCUCAAACAGAGCGUCGAGCAAGGUACUGAUGUCCAUGGGAACCCCGUCCUCAACUGGACUUGUCCCCCUUUUUCCUAA